AUGCAACAGGACCCGAAUAGAUAUCCGGAUGCCCGCCAUGGCUCGGAGACGUCAAGCACCGGUAGCAGGCGCUCCCAGGACACGGUAAAACAGGAUGACAGUAGCUCUCAGGCCCGACCCAUCAGGAGAUACGGGGGAGAUGGAAGCGAUUCAUUCGAUGCGGGCGCUACUAUAGCUUCCGCAUUCCCUACAAACUCACCGAACAUCUCACCAAAGGAGCGACGCACAUCCUACGGAUUUGGAAAUCCGAGAAAGGUGCUUAAUAUGAUAUCACAUCGCGAUGGCCUAGUCCCCCCCGGAAAAAGCACCAUUCCUAAGUUGGCCCCUGUCAGUCAUGGUCCUAGCGCAACAUCAUCACCCAAGUUCCCGUCCGAUGGAAACCAACAGCGAACGUUCUUCCACGACUCCCCCGAACUAGAAUCGUCGCCUUCGUUCGAGCCAUUCACCGCCCACGGCCUCUCAAACUCUCUUCGUCCGGACGAGGACGAUGACGAUGGAGAUAACCUGCGACGACCGUCCAUAGCCAGCGCGACAACGAUAGGGAGUCAAGGGUCACGGUCCAGCGGGGGACGAUUCCACAAGCGCCUGCAGGGGAUAUUCGGUGACGAAUUUGAGCAGCAAGACCCGUCCUUCCCUUCCCAUCCGAGAUCGUCUAGCCGGCUCUCCAGUUCACGACCGCGAACUGGCUCUGCGGGCAGAGCACGGCAGGGCUCGACAAACUCCUUAACCCUCGAUCGAGGUACUUCCCCUGAUCCCGCUCGCCCGCGCACACCCAUACCAUCUUCGAGCGAAGUUACUCCAUGGGAGUACCAGAAUUUUACCGAUAUUCCUAACCUGGGUGAGGCUCCCGUACGGCAAGCACCUACCGACACGAUCGAGCCCCAGACAGGGACUCUCGCGCCCAAGAUACGCCCAACACAUCGACUUCACCAUCUCACCGGCCAUCGCCAUACCCAGGGCAAAGAAGACACCCCAAUCACUGCCAAUAUAAGCUCACCAAUUCCGUCGCGACCUGCCUCUGGUCGUGAUGAGAUUCCGGCCCUCAUGCGACCGUCUAGAGAGCAUAGCCUGCAGGCCCCAACUCCAAUGAGUUCCUCUACUACACUCGGCGGCCGCUCCGCCAGUCCUACUCCUAGCACACGAAGCAUAAAUGCUAGAGACGCGCGCGACCAGCCAUCCCCGGGCCCCUCCGCUCCGAAAAGAUCCUUCUUCGACCGAAUCCGACGGCACAAGGCACCGAUUAACUCCCUCAAGAACCUGCCGUUGUCUUCCAAGUCUGUUCAGGAAACCGGGAAGGCGCCUAGCUAUUUUAGUGCCGAACCAGGCUCCAGUAGCCGUGUUAGAAAGGGUAGUUCCGAGUCAACAUCGCGGCAAUGGGAAAAUAAUGACUCUGACCGGAGGAAAGAGAGCUCCAGUAAGGGACUGGCAGCAAUAGGGCCUAGCAGGCUUAGGCAUGGUCGUCGUCAUUUUAUGGACGGGAAGGACCGCCGCAACAAGGACGAGAAUGACCACGUAUUUCUCGACACGAACUUGGGUGAUAUGUCUGGUAUAGUGACGCAUCAUGACGCAAUCUCGCCAACCGACACCAGCAUUGGUAUCUUUGCAGGGCCGAAGUCAUUCUCCGCCAAUGGAGAGGCUCUGACUCCACUCGAAACCGUUGGAACUGAUGAUUGGCACCCCCCUGACAGCUGGCAAGUUAAACGGCCAGCAGACGAAGGGGGUUCACGGCUAUCCAGUGUGGCAGACGCAGGUCCUGAGAUGGAUGUGGAUGUAGAUGGCCAUCCAUUCUGCAUACGAGUUUUCCGUAUCGAUUCGACCUUUGCCACCCUUUCUGCCAGUCUUAAUACCACCGUCACCCAGCUUCUUGAGAUGCUGGGCCGGAAAUCAUUCUUACAAGAAGACCUGAACAACUAUGAAAUAGUGAUGCGAAAGAAUGACCUUAGUCGAACGCUUGAGCCCGGCGAGAGGCCUAUUAUGAUGCAAAAGCGUCUUCUCCAACAAGUUGGCUAUCACAUGUCCGAUCGCAUCACUGAGAUAGGGCGAGAGGAUAACAGUUAUAUAUGCCGGUUCACGUUUCUUCCUACUAAACUUGGCGUUUACUCGAAUCUCGAUCCCGAGUUAGGCUUCACAGAUAACCAGAAAUACAGCCAUGUAGACCUUGAGGGGAGAAGCGUGGCGACAAUACCCCUCAAACUAUAUAAGAAGGCGUCCGAAAUUAUAUCCUUGAACCUUUCGAAGAACUUGGCGCUUGAUGUCCCCAAAGAUUUCAUUCAGAGCUGUAUCAACCUGCGAGAGAUUAGAUUCACGAGCAAUGAGGCGUGGCAUCUACCUCCAAGUCUUAGUCUGGCUACCCGGUUGACCUACCUUGACAUAUCCAAUAACCGGCUGGAGAAGCUCGAGCAUGCCAAUCUGCACAUGCUAAAGGGCCUAGUCAGCCUGAAGAUGGCGAACAAUAAGCUCUCUUCCCUACCUGCUGACUUUUGGGAUUUCCCUUCACUGAGGAGUCUGAAUCUUUCGUCGAAUAACUUCCGCGUCCUCCCUGAUUUCUUGGGGAACUUAAAUAGCUUGGUUGACCUGGAUAUCAGCUUUAAUCAAAUCGAGGACCUGCCGACGAUUGGGCAAUUUACUUCCUUGGAACGACUAUGGGUCACGAAUAAUAGCUUGAGUGGACCGCUUGUCGAGACUUUCAAGGGGCUUACAAAGCUCAAGGAAGUUGAUGCUCGAUUUAACAACAUCACUGCCAUCGAUAAUAUGUCCUCUCUCCCCAGGCUAGAAACUUUGCUUGUUGGACAUAACGCUGUGUCGGCCUUUUCCGGUUCCUUCGCCAGGCUUAGGACUUUGGUACUUGAUCACUGUCCCGUCACAGAGUUUGAUAUCACCUCGCCGUUACCAACACUACAUUCUCUCAACAUCGCGUCUGCUAAAUUGGUCGAAUUUAGGGACUCAUUGUUUACAAACGUCCCUAAUUUGACUAAACUUAUCCUUAAUACAAACCACUUCGUCACACUCUCACCUAAUAUCGGCUCGCUGAAGAAGCUAGAACACCUCAACCUAGCGAAAAACCCGCUCUCCAUUUUACCCGCGUCAAUCGGUUGUCUGACCGAAUUGAAAAACCUGAAUCUACGAGAAUGUAACCUUAACAGACUACCUGCUGAAAUAUGGUAUUGUCUCAAAUUGGAGAGUCUAAACGUCUCGUCCAAUGUUCUGGAAAUGUUCCCUAAGCCAGCUACCUCACCACCGCUUCCGCCGUCUGAAGUCAACAAUGGCUUGACUCCGAUGGGAACACCAUUGCUUCGUGCUGAUAGCCACGAGGAAGUUACCGGGAGAAUGGAAGACUAUGAAUUCCGUCGGCCAAGCCAUGCAUCGAGUAGCCGUCUACAAGUCGGCACACCUCCUGAUCCGGCUAGGAAAGGCUCGAUACCAUCAAUGCACUCGCCAAGUGGAAGGAAGUCAUCCAACGCAUCCCGUGCAACAGCCGAAUCAAGGAAAGAUUCAACGUUCUCCCAAAGAAUAGCUAGCACUUUUGCUAACUCACUGAGGCAACUUUACCUUGCUGAUAAUCUUCUCGAAGACGACAUUUUCCAUCAAAUUGCACUCCUUACGGAGCUGAGAGUGCUGAAUAUGUCAUAUAACGGCUUAACGGACUUACCCUCGGGGUUUAUCAGGCGACUACAAUAUCUUACCGAGCUGUAUCUGUCUGGAAACGAACUUAGUUCGUUACCCUCCGACGACCUUGAAGAGUCCAGCAAUUUGAAGGUGCUUCAUCUUAACGGCAACAAGUUCCAGGUGCUUCCAGCGGAGCUCUGCAAAAUAAACAAACUCGCAGUGCUUGAUGUAGGAAGUAACUCGCUGAAAUAUAAUAUUUCCAACUGGCCGUAUGAUUGGAACUGGAACUGGAACCAUAACCUGAGAUAUCUCAAUUUCUCUGGAAACAAGCGAUUUGGAAUCAACCCGUCCAGUACCUAUACUCCAAGUAUUGACGGCACACCAUCGACGGAUUUGACAGACUUUAGCUCACUGAGUUACAUACGUGUACUUGGGUUGAUGGACGUUACGCUUACUAUUCCUACUAUUCCCGAAGAGACUGAAGACCGACGUGUACGAACAUCCGCUUCAUUAUCUGGCUACAUUGCAUAUGGACUGGCAGAUAGUCUUGGCAGAAAUGAACAUUUGUCCAUGAUCGAUAUGGUGGUUCCCCGUUUCAGGGGUAGUGAUAUGGAAACAAUCAUUGGGCUCUUUGAUGGUCAGCCAUCCAUGGGUGGGGGUUCCAAGAUAGCAAAGUUCCUGCAUGAAAAUUUUACAUCAACUUUCAUGGAGGAGUUGGGAAAGCUGCGCAAACAAAACGGCGAAACUCCAGAAGACGCCUUGCGAAGAACAUUCUUAGCUCUCAACAAGGAUAUGGCUACUGCGGCAUAUAAGCCCGUGGACGACAAGGAAUCGCGCCACUGGGACCGUAAUCCCACGGCAGCUAAGCUUCUUAAUCGAGAAGAUGCCUUUUCUGGAGGAAUCGCCACUGUCCUCUACCUACAAAACAUGGAGUUAUUUGUUGCUAAUGUGGGUGAUGCUCAAGCCUUGCUAGUUCAGGGAAACGGGCAGUUCAAGUAUCUCACCAAAAACCACGACCCUGCCGAAACAUCAGAGAGAGAGCGCAUUAGAGAGGCCGGCGGUUAUGUUUCUCGCAACGGCAAGCUGAACGACCAGCUGUCAGUGUCACGGGCCUUCGGACAUUUCCAUUUGGUACCCGCUGUUAUUGCUGCCCCUAGCACAGUGAAGAUUACACUCACGUCUCAGGAUGAAAUGAUUAUUCUUGCAUCUGGACAGCUGUGGGACUAUGUGACGCCCAACGUGGUCGUUGAUGUAGCCAGAUCCGAACGUGGCGAUUUGAUGAUUGCCUCACAAAAGAUUCGUGACCUAGCUAUCUCGUAUGGCGCCACGAGCAAACUGAUGGUGAUGAUUGCUGGGGUUAACGAUCUCAAACGACGAGAACGUAGCAAGUUCAGAAGCACCAGCUUAUCACGGCCGUCGCCGCUUAACGAUGAGCACAUGUUCCCCCUCACCAAGCGCGCGAGGAGAGGCCGCGAUAUUCCAAGUGAUUCUACACUGGCGCGCCUCGGCCAUGUGGAGGCUCCGACGGGUGAACUUGCCAUAGUCUUUACUGAUAUUAAGCAAUCUACCUCUCUCUGGGAAACAUACCCGCUCGCUAUGAGGUCUGCCAUUCAGAUUCAUAAUGAACUGUUCCGCAGACAACUGCGACUAAUCGGUGGAUUUGAAGUUAAGACCGAAGGUGAUGCGUUCAUGGUAUCUUUCUCCACUGCCACGGCAGCAUUAUUAUGGUGUUUCACCUGUCAAAUGCAGCUUCUAGAAGCCCACUGGCCGACAGAGGUACUUCAAACGCCGUCCUGUCGUGAAACCUAUGAUGACGAUGGAAACCUCAUUUACAGGGGACUGUCUGUCAGGAUGGGUAUGCAUUGGGGAAGACCCCUGUGUGAAAAAGACCCUGUGACUGGGAGAAUGGACUAUUUCGGCCCCAUGGUGAACCGUGCAUCUCGAAUAUCAGCAGUAGCAGAUGGCGGCCAGAUCUUUGUUUCAGCUGACUUUGUUACCGAAAUGGAGAGAACUCUAGAAGCCUUUGCAGACUAUGAGCGCACCAAUUCAGAAUCCUCCGAGGAUACGUUUGGUGAUGACGCUUUGGGCCAGGCCACACGUCGAGAACUUUACCAACUUAGCACACAGGGCUUCGAAGUCAAGGACCUCGGUGAACGCAAAUUAAAGGGUCUUGAGAAUCCUGAAUCCGUAUAUCUCCUCUACCCACAUGCUCUGUCUGGGCGUCUUUCCGUUCAACCCGACAUGAUGGGCUUCGGCGAGUCGACUUCUCCAGGAACGCUGGGUAAAAACUCAACCCUGAAUAUCGACGCGGAUAUGUUCUGGCAAUUGCUCAAGGUUGCUCUCCGCCUGGAGGCGUUCUGCAGCGCUCUUGAAAAUCCAGCUGGAACGAUGUUGAUAGAACCAGACUUGCAACUUAUCAAUGCCAUCAAGGCCCGAAGUGAUGAAAUCGACGACACAGCGGUCAUGAACCUGCUUGAGCAUCAGGUAGCACGUAUAGAGACUUGUACCAACACCCUUACAGUCAGAGCCAUGAUGCAGCCGUUCAAGCCAAAUGAUACAAUUCUCGACCAUGCCGUGCCGAUGUCGGACAUCCUCCAACAACUACAAUCCCAACUUGCUGAAUUUAGAGCACUUAAGACUCAAAUCAGCCUUAACGGCGGCCCUACCACACCGCCACCAAGUGGGUAUUCUCUCGAAAUGCCAGAGUCAACCAUAUCAUCCGCUCAGUCAUCCACGCUUAACCUAACGAGCCCUUCCUCCCUUGCAGGACGGAAGUGA